AUGUCCACAAUUACUUCAUCCUUCCACUCAACAGCUGCCACUCUCCCUCCAAAGAGGACUGAGACCUCGACGUCCCUCACCAGCCUACCCAAGCCCCCAGAGGCCCCCUCGCCCGAUCCCGUAACCUCGCUCGAUGCCGUAUCCUCGCCGCCUCAACAGCGGGGCCUGAAAUUCUACACCUUCCUCCUCUCCAUCGCCCUAACCGGCCUCCUCGUCUCCCUCGAGGCCACCGUCGUCUCCACCGCCCUUCCCUCCAUCAUUGCCGAUCUAGGCGGCACCUCAAACUAUGUCUGGAUCAGCCUGGCCUACUUUCUCACUGUAACCGCGCCCCAACCCCUCGUCGGAUCCCUCUCAACCAUCUACGGCCGCCGCAACCCCCUCCUUGCCUCCGUCCUCGUCUUCGUCCUCGGCUCCGGCCUCUGCGGCGGCGCCUCCAGCAUCACCAUGCUGAUCGCUGGGCGCGCGGUCCAAGGCCUAGGCGCCGGCGGCGUCAACGUGCUGAUCGAGACCGUCAUCUGCGACAUCAUCCUUCUACGCGAGCGCGGCAAAUUCAUGGCCCUCGUCUUCAGCAUGAUCACCAUCGGGACGGCGCUGGGGCCCGUGUUCGCAGGGCUGAUCGUGCAAUACAGCACAUGGCGGUGGGUGUUCUACCUGAACCUGCCCGUGGGCGGGGUGGCGUUUGUGCUGCUCGCGCUGUUUCUGAAAGUCAAGUCUGGGGAGGGCCAGGCUGGGAAGAGCUUUGGGGAGAAGAUGGCGCGGCUGGAUAUACUAGGGAAUGUGAUCUUCAUCGCUUCCUGCGUCUCGGCGCUGCUAGCGCUAGGAUGGGCGGAUGCGGUGUACCCUUGGUCCUCCUUUCGCAUCAUCCUUCCGUUGAUCCUCGGCUUCGCGGGCUUUGGGGUGUUUCUGCGGUAUGAGGGCUCUGGAUAUGCCGCCGAUCCAACGAUGCCGCUUCACUUGUUUGCGAACCGGACGAGCUUAGUCGCUUUUCUCUUGACGUUUUUCCAUGGGCUGCUGACGGUUUACGUGUUGUAUUUCCUCCCAGUCUACUUCCAGGGCGUGCUAAUGUCCAGCCCGGGGCAGUCGGGUGUGCAGUUGCUGCCCACGGUGUUGGUUAUGAUCCCGUUCGCAGCCGCCGGAGGUGGGAUGUUGACUAAGGUCGGGAAGUAUAAGCCGGUGCAUAUGAUCGGGUAUGGUGUUAUGGUACUAGGCUUCGGAUUGUACACGUUGCUGGACGAAAACUCGUCAACUGCGGAGUGGGUGGUAUAUCAGGCUGUGGAAUCGGUGGGUGCUGGGCUUGUGGUCGGUGUGCUGUUGCCGGCUAUACAGGCAAAGCUCACCGAUGCAGAUACUGCGAAGUCGACGGCAACUUUCGGAUUUGUGCGGGAUUUUGUCAAGUCACUAGAUGCCGCAAGUGGGGCGCGGCACCAGGUUGUUGGAGUUUUCGUGGAGAGCUUGAAGAGAACUUGGCAAGUGGGGAUCGUAUUUACUGGUGUCGCAUUUCUGCUCACCUUUUUGGAGGAGAGCGUGGAGUUAAGAAAAGACUUGGAUACUAAGUAUGGGAUGGAAAACUUGAAGGAGGAGACUGCAAAGGAAAAUGUUUGA